AUGAUGUUGCCAAAAACCCUCAUCGCAGCAACAUUGCCAGGCCUUGCGCUCGCCUCCUUCGACUGCCGGCCUCCAGGGCCAAUCGUUCCGCGGCCUACAGAUAUCGCGUCCCAUCCUGCCUUUGCUCUUGCCUCGUCUGAGCUUAACAAAGCCCUCCAGCUAGCCACCUCUAGAGAGAUUGAGGCGGGUUGGCCAGUCGAUGACACGUCCUUUUCGGUCGGUAUCAUCUCUUGGGACCAGCCAGACAAGGCGGUUCCCGUGUGGGAGUACCACUACCUGGCGCCGAACACCGUGAACGGUACCAAGGAAGUGACUCGAGACUCACAGUAUCUCAUAGGCUCGGUAUCCAAGGUGAUUUCGGACUAUAUCUUGCUCAGGAGCGGUCUCUCUCUCGAUGACCCUAUCACCAAGUACAUCCCGGUGUUGAAGAACAAUUCGAGUGUCAUUGAUUGGGACACCAUUACCUUGCGGCACCUAGCCAGUGGGCUCGCAGGCAUACCACAAUACUAUGGGGGCUUUGAGUUCUACUUUCUCAAGGAAUACUACGAGUCCCUCGGUUUUCCGCAGCUGGACGAUGAUGACUAUGAGCCGUGCGGUGUCAUUGGUUUAAACGAGCCCUGUUCUGAACAACAACUUUUCGAAGCCUUGCUGGACACUUAUCCCGUCGCAAAACCCGCAAGCCGCCCAUUCUACUCCACUAUUUCUUUUCACAUCUUCAUUCAUGCCAUCCAGGAAGCCACGGGCAAGAAUUAUACCCAGCUCGUCAAAGAGUUUGUCACGGAGCGCUUAGCGAUGUCCAGUACACUAGAAAGUCCUGGCAGCGACGCGAGAGCCGUCGUCCCUCCUGUUGAGAACUUCUGGGGCAACACCUACAGCUACUAUUCUGCUGGCGCUGGGCUUGUCUCAACCUUGUCCGACUUGUCGGUAUUCUUUCACGGCAUCCUUGAUCGUUCCAUCCUCGACAGUGAGACCGAUGUUCUUGCAUGGCUCAAGCCUAGUUCCUCCACCGGGUCUCCCUAUGCACUUGUCGGCAUGCCAUGGGAGAUCUAUCGCACGCAGACUCUGACACCCAGGCACCCCCACACCAUCGACCUUUAUGCCAAGGGUGGUGCUGCGCAAGGGUACAGGUCCCAGGUUGCCGUCAUUGAUGAGUACGGAGUCGCCAUUGUAUUGCUCACAGCUGGGUCUCCGAAGGCGGCCAACUUUAUCUACAACGCCGUGCUCGAGACACUAGUCCCGGCCAUCGACGAAGCCGCACGAGAUCAAGGAUUAGCGUACACGGGAACCUUCGUUGACAACCCGAGAAAGUCAGACGCGGCGAUCACCGUCACCAUCAGCCAAGACGUGAAUUCGACGAUCCUUGCGGGACUCGAACACAACGGGACGGACAUGAUGGCGUCGUACCGCGAAAUCUUCUACAGAAAUAUUGGUAAAACGCUCGACAUGCUACCUACCGUAGCCCGAAUCUACCCACUCGAUAUCACUACGAGCUCCACUACCAAGCAAGGUAACGGAUACGAGAAGAAGGUCCUGCGGGAGGAGUGGCGCAUUGACUGGGAUCUGGUAACCAACACGGCCACAGAGCUGCCCGGUGCGGGUGUCAGCAUGGAUGAGUGUCUCUACUGGGUGGCGGGCGGCUGGACCUACUACGGAAACGAGUCUCUUGAUCGGCUGGUUUUUGUGAGGGAUGCCCUGACAGGAGAAGUUCUGGGGGUAGACAUUCCGAUCUUGAGGAGCGGUUUCUUGGGAAAGGCUUAA